AUUGGGUGGAGUGGCUGUCAAUCAUUCAGGGCUUGGGUGGGCGGGACUGCAAGAGGUCCGUGAGCGCGGCCUUAGCAACCCCCUGGCUAGCUGUGUUGUCUACGGUUGGGCGGCGCGGCGCUGUGGGCCUGUGGGUGCGGCCGGGAGGUCCCGGCUUGAGGGAGCCGGUUGGGUACAUGGCAUCCAACCAAUGCUUAAAUUCAGAGCAAUGGAAGAAAAGAACAGCAAAAAUUGAACUGAAUGAAACUCAAAAACAAGAAAUUAAAGAGGCCUUUGAUUUAUUUGAUGUUGAUGGGUCUGGAACCAUAAAUGUGAAAGAAUUGAAGAUUGCAAUGCAGGCCUUAGGAUUUUUACCAAAGAAAGAAGAAAUUAAAAAACUGAUAGCUGAAAUUGACAAAGAAGGAAUUGGCACCAUUAGUUUUGAAGAUUUUUUUGCCAUUAUGAGUGUAAAAAUGAGUGAAAAAGAUGAAAAAGAAGAAAUAUUGAAGGCUUUCAAAUUAUUUGAUGAUGAUGAUACUGGAGGCAUAACACUAAACAAUAUCAAGAGGGUUGCUAAGGAACUAGGGGAAAAUUUAACAGAUGGUGAACUUCAGGAAAUGCUUGAUGAAGCUGAUCGUGAUGGGGAUGGAGAAAUAAAUGAGGAAGAAUUCUUGAGAAUGAUGCAAAAGACCUCUCUUUAUUAAUACUGUUGUUUUGUUCCUUCUGGAAAGUUGUUAACAAAUUUGUGUUUAUUACACAGUUCAGUAAUUUAAUACUGAAUGUAUUCAUUUUAAUUUUACUUUAUAUGCACGAAUUUCUCUCAUCUAUGUGAGAAGUUACAUGUUUCUACCAAUAUGUGGAUAAAUUUACAGCAUCAAGAAAACAUGACUAAUUUGAACCAUGAAUCCAAAAACAGUAUUAAUUCGAACUGCUAUUUUUAAAACCUCAAGUUCCAAAGACAGAAUUUUUUUAGGUUUGAUGAAGUUGGCCCCACAUCCAAAUUAAUUUGGCAAACAAGCCAUUACUUUCUCUAUAUAUCCUUUUGUGCAACUCUAAACAAAUGAUGAACAUUUGCUUUCAAUCAGCUAUUCAAGUAUGUAAAGUAUUAAAUAAAACUGGCAACUACA